AUGAUAAACCUAAUUUGGGGGAGGAAAGACGGGCAGUGGGUCGAUUCCCUUCUAGCAUAUUACAAUGAGAAAUUGUUUGGCAAUGAAAACAGUGCCAAACCUACUCAUUCCACGAACACUGAGUGUUCAGACGAGGAUGACAUGAUUGCCAUGGAACGACAACUUGCCACGCGUGCUGUGAGGGCUUCCAGAACCUCUGACGCAACAUCUGCGCAGUCUUCGGCAGUCAACAAGCAACAAGAGUUGCAAUGCAAGUCCUUACCUCCUACUCCUGAUAGACCGCCCACUCCCACUGCUCCAGAUUCUCCAGUAGCCCAAGCACCAGCUAAUCCUCACAAGGACAAGCAGCCCUCACCACUCCCUCCCUCGUCUCCUCAAGAGGCGGAUGAUGUCUUACCUGCACACUUCCCUCUUGUCAACUCACACAAGCGUGAGCAAGCCUCCGCACCAUCCAUUGCAACAAUUUUCAAUGACGACAACCCUCUGACAGAAGAAGAGCCAGAGACCAUUUAG